AUGAAUUUAAUAUCUAUGCAAUCAAUUUUUCGUCGACGGUAUUCUAUUAUUAUUAGUAUUAUUUUUUUAAUUUUUCUUAUAUUUAUUUUUAUUCAUUCAUUUGAACCUACACAUGAAAUUAAUAAUGAACGCAUACGAACUUUAUUAAAAUUAGCUGAAAAUAAAUCAUUUUGUUCAGAAAGAUCAGCUCGACGAGGAUUUAAUCAACAUGUAUUAAGUGUAUCUGCAUAUGAAUCAAAUGAUCGUAUUGAAUUAAAAACAAAUUUGACAUGGUCUUAUCUUCAGAUAUUCGUUAAUGAAGCUAAAAAAUUUUAUCCAUCAUGGGUUGUACGUGUUUAUUAUUAUAAUUUAAUAAGUAAAAGAAAAACUGAUAUAGAAAAUUUAGAAAAAUUAUUUGAUAAUCUUGACUUUUGUUCUGUCGAAAAUCUACCUGUAUUAGGAAAUUUAAAAAAUAUAUUACCUGGUAAAGUACAACGUUUUUUACCUUCUGUCGAUCCACUUGUUGGUGUAUCAAUGGUUCGUGAUCUUGAUUCAGAAAUUUUUGAACGUGAAGUUAAUGCUGUUAAUGAAUGGUUAUCAAAAACAACAUAUGCAUUUCAUAUAAUGCGUGAUCAUCAUUUACAUAAUAUUCCAAUGCUCGGUGGAUUAUGGGGUGUAGCAUCAAAUCGACUGUCAUUUAAUGAUCGAUUAAUAAUGGCUAGUGUACUUUUACCAUCAAAUAAUGAAAAUGAAAGACAUCUAUUUUAUAAAACUUAUUCAGGUGGAGGUGAUCAAUUAUUCUUGGAACAUCAUAUAUGGCCUCUGGCACGUCAUAAUUCUCUUACACAUGAUUCUUUUACAUGUUUUUGGUCACGUUAUAUUUAUCGAGCAGAUACACGUCCUUUUCCAAGUCAACGUCAACAUCCAUCAUGUUUUGUUGGUUGUCCAAAACCAUGUUGUAUACCCGAAAUGACACAAAGUUUAGAUUUUUCUUCAUAUAAAAAAUGCCCGUCGAGUUGUCGUCCCAAAGAACAUAAUGAUUGGCUAUUUUGUUAA